GUAUCCCAGGCAGCGACUACAUCAAUGCCAACUACAUAGAUGGUUACCGUCGUCAAAACGCCUACAUCGCGACGCAGGGCUCUCUCCCUGAGACCUUCUGUGACUUCUGGAGACUGGUUUGGGAACAGCACACGGCCAACAUCGUCAUGAUGACCAAGCUAGAGGAGAAGUCUCGGGUAAAAUGUGAUCAGUACUGGCCUACCAGAGGAACAGAGACAUAUGGGCUGAUACAGGUUACUCUGCUGGACACUGUAAGAGCUGGCUACAUCUCUGUUAGGACCUUUGCUCUCUACAAGAGUGGCUCCAAUGAGAAGCGUGAGAUUCGUCAGUUCCAGUUUACAGCCUGGCCGGACCACGGGGUCCCGAACACCCCACCCCUCCUGGCCUUCCUACGACGGGUCAAGGCCUGCAACCCUCCAGACGCAGGACCCAUGGUCGUACACUGCAGUGCUGGAGUGGGCCGGACUGGUUGUUUCAUCGUGAUUGACGCCAUGGUGGAGCGAAUCAAACACGAGAAGACAGUUGACAUCUACGGUCACGUGACCCUCAUGAGGUCCCAGCGGAACUACAUGGUGCAGACGGAGGAUCAGUACGCCUUUAUCCACGACGCGCUGCUGGAGGCCGUCGCCUGCGGCAACACCGAGGUUCCGGCGCGGAACCUUCACGCCUACAUCCAGAGACUGACCCAGAUAGAACCGGCGGAGAACGUCACAGGCACGGAACUGGAGUUCAAGCGGUUGGCCAGUGCGAAGGCCCACACCUCCAGGUUUGUGAGUGCCAACCUGCCGUGUAACAAGUUCAAGAACCGUCUGGUGAACAUCAUGCCCUAUGAGUCCACCAGGGUCUGUCUGCAGCCAAUCAGAGGAGUGGAGGGGUCAGACUACAUCAACGCCAGCUUCAUAGACGGAUACAGGUGAGGAGGGAGGGGGUCAGACUACAUCAACAGCAGCUUCAUAGACAGAUACAGGUGAGGAGGGAGGGGGUCAGACUACAUCAACAGCAGCUUCAUAGACAGAUACAGGUGAGGAGGGAGGGGGUCAGACUACAUCAACAGCAGCAUCAUAAACAGAUACAGGUGAGGAGGGAGGGGGUCAGACUACAUCAACGGCAGCUUCAUAGACGGAUACAGGUGAGGAGGGAGGGGGUCAGACUAUAUCAACAGCAGCUUCAUAGACAGAUACAGGUGAGGAGGGAGGGGGUCAGACUACAUCAACGGCAGCAUCAUAGACGGAUACAGGUGAGGAGGGAGGGGGUCAGACUACAUCAACAGCAGCUUCAUAGACAGAUACAGGUGAGGAGGGAGGGGGUCAGACUACAUCAACGGCAGCAUCAUAGACAGAUACAGGUGAGGAGGGAGGGGGUCAGACU